AUGUUGGCCAUGCAGGCUCUCACAGCCUUCAGUGAAAGCUUGGGGCACGCGAUGUUCGUCUCGCACCAGUGGGCUGGUCACCAUCACCCGGACCCGAAGCAUGAGCAGUUUCGAGUUUUGCAAGAGGCCAUGAAAAAUGUCCUGUCAGGUGUUAGCAAGGUUCGACUUCCAAUCUCUGCUGAGCUGGCUUUUGGCCGUCUCCGUUGUCCUAGCGCAGGUGACUUCACGUCGAAGCCCCUCUUCGUGUGGUACGAUUACCUUUGCUGUCCUCAGGACGUCUCUUCCGUGGCGAGUCAGCACCGAAAAUGCGCGAUUCGCAGCAUCCCCACAUACGUCGCCAGAUGUGAGUACUUCAUAAUCCUGUGCCCCGUGGUGGAGCACGCGGAUGGAGGAAUGAUGCUGAACUUGGCAUCCUGGGCUGAAAGGGGAUGGUGUCGCACGGAACGACUUGCUCGGGAGCUUUCAGCUCGCAAGCAGGGCUACAGCAUCGUGAUUGAGGGUGCUAUGCAGCAAACCUUGAGCCUGGACAUUUUGAGGCUCUUAGAGGCACCAGGCAUGGGGAAGUGGUCCCGCGAGUCUGACAAGCCCAUUGUGACGAGCGCACUGACUCAGAUGAUUUGGAACAAGCUGCUCUACCUCCUGGAGCAAGGCGAUGUACAUGGCUAUCGGUUCCUCCUGAACCGGCAAGUGCCCUGCUGUUUCCGUGGCCUGGAUGCGGAGCCUCUCGAUGGCCCUGUCCCAGCUUUCAGUACCGAGAUAGACCCCUUCCGGGACGCUGCUGCUUUUCACUUGGCCAGAUUUCUGCAUCAGAACGGCUUCCGGAAGCCGUUAGAGCGCAGCUCUGGUUGGUCGCCGCUUUGCUUUGCAGCCAUGAACGGGAACAAACAGCUCGUCCGAGCACUUCUCGACCAAAAGGCGAGUCCUGACGAUCGGAUCGGAAGGUCUGAGGGGUCUCUCUUCCCGGCCCGGGAGAGUGUCCUUGCCAUGGCGGUUCGAUUCCACAACGCCGAGGUCGUGGAGGUGCUCUUGCAAGCUCGCGCCGCGGUCACGAGUAGAGACAUGAUCAAUGCUACUCCUGCACAUUGGGCGGGCUUGGCAAACAAUGCAGCUGGCCUGCGCCUUCUCUGCCAUGCACGUGCAGAUCUUCAACGAACAAGCAUGGUUGGCAUGAAUGUCUUUCAAGUUGCCUGUUCAAACGGCGCAGUGGACGCGAUGGCUGAGAUUCUGGCCCAAUUUCCCUCGACGGACUUACGACUCGGAUUGCACUAUGCGCUGCUUUUCUAUGGUGCCUACGAAGAUCCGAUUCGGUUCUUGUUGCGUGCCAAGGCAAACUUGAAUGAGCCGUUCAAUGUUCCGAUCCAACAACCAGUCUGGUGGAUGCUGCUGCACGUGGCAAGCGGGCGGCACAGGAUCAGUCCAUCAAGCUGGACUCUUCUGGCAUAUCAUCACAAAGGGGCAACCCCCUUGAUGUUUAGCCUGAUGACCGGCAACUUCGACAUUGCAGCUCUUCUUCUCUCUUCCAGGGCCUGCCCGGAUCUUGCAAACGCUCGCAAGAAGACCGCGGCGGAUCUUGCUCGAGCUGUGGAGGCACCAACACUCUUGGUUGAGGCAUUGCGAGGCCCAAUGCUUCUAGAUGAGAGUGAAGACACUCCGGACGAUUGUUUUUUCAUUUGA